ACCGGUUGAAGGUUUGCUGGCACGAGCGACGAUCAGUUUCCUUGCUUGGCGUGGCUUAACAAAGAAGAGAGAGAGAGAGAGGAGGGGGAUCCUAAGAUCGGCGAAGUGGGUAUUUGGAAGCGGGAUCGGACAGAAUCCAGAUCCAUUAUUAUAAGAAGGGCAGGGAAAGUGAGAGUCGAGUGAUUGAGAGAGAGAGAGAGAGAGAGAGGGGGGGGUCAGAUAAAAGUGAAAACUUCCAAUUGGGGCAGAAACCAGAAGAAAACUGGCAAACAUAGCCGGUUUGAGGCCUCGCAUGUCGCUGAAGCAAGCCACAGCGGAGGACCAACACUGCGACGACGACCAUUGCAGGCCUCUCUGGCGCCGCAGGCUAUCCAUUAUGGCCUUUAAUUGGACCUCUUUCCUCAAGAUCACUCUCCUCCUCCUCCUCCUCGCCGCCAUCGCCACCGCUUUUCUCACUCUCCCCGUCGAAAAGAUAUUGAAGGACUUCUUGGUGUGGGUUAAACAAGAUCUUGGGCCUUGGGGUCCACUUAUGCUGGCUCUUGCAUAUAUUCCCCUAACUGUUCUGGCAGUUCCAGCUUCAGUACUUACUCUUGGCGGUGGCUAUCUAUUCGGCUUGCCUGUGGGUUUUGUUGCUGAUUCUAUUGGUGCUACUCUGGGUGCCGUAGCUGCAUUCCUUAUUGGCAGAACAAUUGGGAGGUCAUAUGUUACAUCCAAGCUAAAAGAUUAUCCACAGUUUCAGGCAGUUGCAAUUGCCAUUCGGAGAUCGGGAUUUAAGAUUGUCUUACUGCUUCGUUUUGUUCCUCUUCUUCCUUUCAAUAUGUUGAAUUACCUCUUGUCCGUGACUCCCGUUCCACUGGCAGAGUAUAUGUUGGCUUCAUGGUUGGGCAUGAUGCCAAUAACACUUGCACUUGUGUAUGUUGGAACAACUCUGAAGGAUCUUUCUGAUGUAACACAUGGAUGGCAUGAAUUUUCAAAAACACGUUGGGUAAUGAUUAUAACAGGAUUUUUGAUGUCUGUUGUCCUACUGGUUUGUGUUGCUAAAGUUGCAAAGGCUGCCUUAGAGAAAGCCCUGGCUGAAAACGAAGAUACAAUAGACGGCAUAGGAGCCUCACCAGAGCUGCCAACCGUGGCUGAUCCAACAUCGUACCUCCACCAGCCACUUGUCGUGAAGAUAGACCCCUCCAGGGACGACCAUGAAAACUGAAAAUUAGUCUUUGUAAAUUCCUUACCUUCCUCCUAGAAGCCUUAUACUUCCUCUAAUCAAUAUUAAGCAUUAAUCUGAUACGAAUUUGUACAGCCACAUUGCAUAUCUAUCAUCGUGUAAUUUCAGAUAGCAAUGGCGUAACUCUUGGGUUGGGGUCUGUUUCCCAUGUGUUUCUGGAAUCAGUCCAUUUGAUACAUUUAUGAAAUAAAUUUUUCCCAAUGCA